UUAGCUAAAAUGCAAAUAGAUUAAUAAUUAAGAUAUUAAUUUCUAAAACAAAAAUUUAAAUGAAUAGACUAAAUAUUUUGGAUCUUCAAACUCAAAUCAGCACCUGUGAAUCAAUUGAAAUUUGUCAUAGCUGAACAAUUUAGUGACACCAACAUUUUGAUUACAGAAGAAUUUAAGCAUUAAUGAUGUUCCUUGAUACAUUGCCCCGGUUUCUUCCUACGAGGAGUAGUUACUUGGUUCUUUCUCGAUUUAAGCAUGUACAAGCAGCUCGUUAUAAACGAUCUAUUAAGGGUAAUAAACCAUUAACUUAUGAGAUGGCUGGGCCACCUCACACUAUUGCUCAUAUCAAGAGUUGGAAUUCAUGGAACACGUGCAAUAUGUUAGAUGGCUUAAGACCUGCUGAAACUGCUAUAGAUGAUGAGUUCAUUCGUCGUUUCAUGACUGGCACUUGGCAUGAUUUGAUUGCUAGUGAAAUUAUCAUUAAAAGACAACACAACAUAAUAAGAAUAGCUGCCAUAACGGUGCAAAAAAUUAGUGUAACCAAAAUAUAUUUCCUAAUUGGUUAUACGGAAGAACUUUUAAGCUAUUGGCUGCAAUGUCCCAUCAAGUUAGAAUUACAGUCUGUUGAAGACAGAACUGCAGUGGUGUUCAAAUACAUUUAGUCAAGUGGAAAUAAAUUAUUAUUUUGUCUAUUAGAAUUUUGAUAACAAUAUCACUAGAUUUGAUGUAAUAAUAUUAAAUAUAC